CAAAUAUUUUUAAAAUCCUGUUUUUUUCCCCUUUUAGCUUGUAACACUCUUCCCCUCUUCUCACUCACUCCCCCAUGACAUCACCUCAACAAAUCGCCCAAACCUUUCAAAGGGCCAUGAAUAUCAACCUGGGAAGUUCCCCCAAUGCUGUUUCAACAUCCCCCACACACUCCUACAUGAACCAAUACGCUGGAGUCAAUGCCUCACAAAAAGCUGUCAAGGCCUUGAAACCAUUUUCCACUGGUGAUAUCAAGAUUCUUUUAUUGGAAAAUGUUAAUCAAACUGCCAUCAAUAUCUUUCAAACUCAAGGUUAUCAAGUGGAAUUCUACAAGAGUUCCCUCCCUGAAGAUGAAUUAAUUGAAAAAAUCAAAGAUGUUCAUGCCAUUGGAAUUCGUUCAAAGACAAAACUUACUGAAAAAAUCUUGAACCAUGCUAAAAACUUGGUGGUUAUUGGAUGUUUCUGUAUUGGUACCAAUCAAGUUGAUUUAGAAGCUGCUGCCAAAGGUGGGAUUUCUGUAUUUAAUUCUCCCUUCUCCAACUCUCGGUCAGUUGCCGAAUUGGUCAUUGCCGAGAUUAUUACCUUGGCAAGACAAUUGGGUGAUAGAUCCAUUGAAAUGCAUACUGGUACCUGGAAUAAGGUCUCGGCUAAAUGUUGGGAAAUCAGAGGUAAAACCUUGGGGAUUGUUGGUUAUGGCCACAUUGGUGCCCAAUUAUCAGUCUUGGCUGAAGCCAUGGGGAUGAAUGUUCUUUAUUAUGACGUUCAAAUGAUCAUGUCCUUGGGUAAUUCCAAACAAGUUGAUACCUUGGAUGAAUUGUUGAACCGGGCUGAUUUCAUCUCAUUACACGUUCCAGAAACAGCUGAAACUAAAAAUAUGUUGAGUACCCCUCAAUUUGCCGCCAUGAAGAAUGGAGCUUAUGUCAUCAAUGCCAGUAGAGGUACGGUUGUUGACAUUGCUGCCCUUGUAGAAGCCAUGAAAUCUGGUAAGAUUGCCGGAGCUGCCUUGGAUGUUUAUCCUAAUGAACCAGCCAAAAAUGGUGAGGGGCUCUUUUCCGACAAUUUGAACCAUUGGGCCUCGGAAUUGACCUCCUUACGUAAUGUCAUCUUGUCUCCUCAUAUCGGUGGAUCCACUGAAGAAGCUCAAUCUGCCAUUGGAGUUGAAGUUGCUCUGGCCUUGACCAAAUACAUCAACGAGGGGGCCUCCGUUGGUGCCGUCAACUUCCCAGAAGUCCAAUUGAGAGCCUUGGACUUGGACCAACAAAACGCCGUCAGAGUCUUGUACAUCCAUCAAAACGUCCCAGGGGUUUUGAAGACCGUCAACAACAUCUUGUCCAACCACAACAUCGAAAAGCAAUUCUCCGACUCCCGCGGCGACAUCGCCUACUUGAUGGCUGACAUCAGUGACGUCGACACCACCGACAUCAAGCUGUUGUACGAGCAAUUGGAACAGACCCCAUACAAGAUCGCCACCAGAUUGUUGUACUAGUCCUCCCCCCCUCCUCCCCUUUAAAAUUUUAAAUGUACGAUAAAGAAUAAAGAAAACUUAAUCAGAG